CCGCAUUGUUGGGUCCCAAAUAGAUUUCAUAGUAUUUCUGUGUAGAAUAAACUUAAAUUUUCACAUGACAUGAGCAUCAGGCUCGUUCAAAUUAUUAACCGCAAUGCGAUGCACAGAGUUUGUGCUUUGUGUUUCUACUCUCUUUGAUUUUAUUGCUCAAAAUCAGGCCAAACAUUUCUGACUGCUGUCGUCAUUGUGUGUCCUGAGUCCUGACACCCCACUGAACUUUUCUACUUCAUUUUCUAGCGGCCCCGUUUACUUCACCCUAAUUUCUCUCUCAAUAUCUCAGCUAAUGUUAAUCGUAUCACCUCUCUUUACCGCUUUCGUUAGCAAAUUUUUAUUCUUUUUUAAAAAAUCCCAAUAUUUUUAAGAAAAAAAAUCCAAUCUUUACUCAGAAGUUACGACAAAGGAAACUGCUUUGCAGGAGUUAGUCAAUGGGUUUUCUGUGGUUGUAAUGAAGUAUGGUGAGAUUGGUUGACAUGCUUUGAAGUUUGUCUCCUUUGGUCUCUUAGACCAUACCCAUUUGGACUUUGUGGGUUUUAUGUUCUCCCAUUGUGUUUAAUUUGGUGGAUUUGCUGCUUUUAUGGAAGGCAGAGAAGCAGCUUGAAGUCGGCAAAGUGGGAUUUUGCUUUCGCGUUUAAAGGAUUUUGGAUGAAAUAAUGGAGGUUGAGAAAAAACGUUUAAAGGGGAGCUUUCUUCACUUGUUUGAUUGGAAUGGAAAAUCUCGGAAGAAACUCUUCUCAAAUAAUCUUGAUUUAGAUGAUGAACCAAAGAACGGAAAAGAAAAUGUUGGGAAGAUGGCUAAGUCCUUGCUUCAUGUGAUAGAGAUUGACGAGAGUAGAGCAAGUUCAAGUAAUAAGGCCAGUAGUGAUUGUAAUUGUGCUUCAUCAGUGACUAGUGAUGAAGGAUAUGGGUCUAGAGCCCCUGGAGUAGUUGCUAGACUUAUGGGUUUGGAUUCAUUGCCAACAUCUAAUGUUCCUGAGCCUUUUUCUACUCCAUAUUCUGAUGCACGCGCUCUCAGAGCAUCUCAUUAUAAUAGGAAUAUCUCCAACUUGUGGAGUGAAAAUCACUCAGUGGAAUAUAUCAAAGUUCCUAAUAAAGAGUGGUUUAGACAGAAUAAUGUUGAUUCAAGGGUGCUCAAAAGGCAGAGCCGACCAAUUGAGAGAUUUCAAACUGAAAUGCUGCCACCAAAAUCAGCUAAAUCAAUUCCAAUCACCCACCAUAAGCUUCUGUCUCCUAUCAAGAGUCCUGGGUUCAUCCCAACAAAAAAUACUGCCUACGUUAUGGAGGCUGCUGCGAAAAUAAUUGAGGCAAGUCCACAGGCAACUACCAAGGAUAAAAGACCACAGCUUGUUCCAUCAGUUCCCUUGGGAAUUUGGGAUUUGAAAGAGAAAAUUGAAGGUGCACAGACAGUGUCGAGACCUCAAAAAUCUAAUGAGUCAGUUUCUGCAAGGUAUACAAAAGGACAGCAUAUUCAUCAGAGCUAUGGUGGAUCAGUGUAUCCUGCCGUCAAGGCACCAGUGCAUGUGGAAAAAAGAAAUCCUGAGAACACAAAGAAAAAGGAAAAUUUUGUUUCAGUUACAACGCAAGCAAAGGUCAGUGUUCAGAGAAAAGAGGGAUCAUCCUCCAGUAGUAAUAGGAGUUCUACCAACCAGAAGGAAAAAAUGGAUGUGAAAGCAAACCAAUUUGUUAAGAGCCAGCCAGAUACCCGAAGGACAGCACAGAAUCAAACUUCUGGGAAGAGGACUACCAAUGUGCUUAAGCAGAAUAAUCAGAAGCAGAAUUAUACAUCGAAUAAUGACACUUCAACUUCAAAGACUUCUGUUCUCAAUCAUCAAGGCAGAAAAGUUAAGUCCACAAGUGGUACUAUUGGGCCAAAAAGGGCUGUAAAUAGGGUGGUUACCAAUGCCGAAACUGGUUCCAGAAAGACAGGCUUAACAACCAAUAAUGCUGGAAAUGACCUUUCAUCAUCUAAAGUAAAGAAUCUAUGUCAAAGGAAACAAUCUGCAAUUGUGAAUACUCAGUCUGAAGAAAGUAGUGUUGAUAAUGAAUUGAACAAGAAAGAUGAAAGCUCUGUAAAAUGUACUGUGGAAGUUGAAGCAUCCACGAACUGGGGUGCAGAUAAUAGAAAUAAAGGAAUAGAUGUUGUUUCAUUUACAUUUUCAUCUCCUAUAAGAUCCACGGGUGACUCUCAGUCCUCCAGUCAAGUAAUGGAGAGGAAUUGCAGCUUCAAUAUUGAUUCUUUUGCCAACAAUAACAAGAAAUUCUUAAAAAAUUCAACAGUUUUUUCUCCUGGGUUUAAUGGAAGUGCUGGUGAUGCUUUGAGUGUUCUUGUAGAGCAAAAACUCAGGGAAUUAACAAGCAAGAUUGAGUCGUCUCACAGUAAUAUGAUCCAAGAGUGUACUACUGGUAGUACUGCUUCCAAUUUACAAGAUUCAAUGACCACACUUGAUGCAAUAAGCACAAAAUCACCCCAACAUGGCAAGAGGGUUCAACUUGUUCUUCAUAAAGAUACAUUUGAUGACCUAGACAACUCCUCUUGCUCUUCAAUCAACCCUGAAGCACUUAGCAUCAACCAGAAGUGGCAGUACAUGGGGUCUGAAGAAACAGAAAUGCAUAGCAGUAGCAGCAACAAAGAUGAUGCUGGAACAGAAGAUUGUCAAAGUUCUAGCACCAUGUCAAGUCUUGAACCCUCAGUAACUAGUAUGAGCUGCUCAGAUAGCAGAAACGGUACAGACGAAAGCAGGCACUUUCUGUUGGCACAAGAUCAAGCAGAAUUCAGUUUGUUCCCUACUAAUUUAUCUGUUCUUAUGGAUGAGGAGACAGAGUUAUCUGACUCUACAUCUUCUAUAUUGGUUGGGAACAUAGGCAAAGGAUAUAUGAGUAGAUCAUUCAGUUUUAUAGAUUCUGCGGAAUCAAGCAGCUGGGAACUUGAAUACUUGAGGGAAAUGCUUGACAAUACGGACCUAAUGGUUCAUGAGUUUGCAUUGGGUCAGACUGACCAAGUCAUAGCAUCAAAUCUUUUAAAUCAUUUGGAGAAUCAGAAAAACAAAUUGGGAAGCAACGGGGACGAGUACAGCAAACUUGGACGAAAAGUUCUGUUUGAUUAUGUUAGUGAAUGUCUCAAUUACAAAGGCCAACAAUUUUUUUUCAGAAGCUGCAAGGGAUGGUCUAAAUGUGUAACACUCUUUCAAAGGAAGGAUUGGUUGGCAGAAGAAUUGUACAAGGGGAUACGAGGUUGGAAUAACAUGAGAGAUUUAAUGGUUGAUGAACUUAUCGACAAGGACAUGAGCUCACAAUAUGGCAAAUGGGUUGAUUUUGAAAUAGAAGCAUUUGAAGAGGGUACAGAGAUGGCAAAUAGUAUAUUAACUUCUUUGGUCGAUGAACUGGUUUCCGAUUUUUUGGUCUUCUAAAGCCCUUCUUUGAGGUAUAUUUUCCUUUCGCCAAAUAUUAGUGUAUUUAUAUGACUUGUUACUUGGUGAACAGUUCCCUUUCCUUUUCGGAGGAAAGAAAAUGUAUCAUUUAGAAAGAGUCCAUUGAUAUUCUUGUAUGUUUUCAUUCACGUUACAAAGCUGUCGCAUUUGAGAACUUUACAGGGGUAAUCACUGAACCUACAAGAUUUUUGCAACA